GCCUUAAAAGAGAAAGUGGUUGACAGCAAAGAUGAGAAUGAAAUCUUGCCUCCAGACCACCUAAAUGGGGUCAAAAUGGAGAUGGAUGGACAUCUUAACAAGGAGUUUCAUCAAGAGGUUUUUCUAGGAAAAGAGAUGGAAGAGUUUGAUGAAGAUUCUGAGCCAAGAAGGAACAGAAGGAAGCUUAUGGCCAUAUUUUCAAAGGUAGAUAUUAAUAGGGACAAAAGAAUAAGUGCGAAGGAGAUGCAGCGUUGGAUCAUGGAAAAGACAGAAGAGCAUUUCCAGGAAGCUGUGGAAGAGAACAAAAUGCACUUCCGAGCUGUGGAUCCUGAUGGUGAUGGUCACGUAUCCUGGGAUGAGUAUAAAAUAAAGUUUUUGGCAAGCAAGGGCUUUAAUGAAAAAGAGGUUGCAGAGAAGAUAAAAAACAAUGAAGAACUAAAAAUUGAUGAAGAAACACAGGAAGUUUUAGAUAACCUGAAAGACCGUUGGUACCAAGCUGACAAUCCACCAGCCGACCUAUUACUGAAUGAGGAAGAGUUUUUGUCUUUUCUUCAUCCAGAACACAGUAGGGGGAUGCUGAAGUUUAUGGUCAAAGAAAUCGUUCGUGAUCUAGAUCAAGAUGGAGAUAAGAAGCUUACCCUUUCAGAGUUCAUUUCCUUGCCUGUUGGUACAGUAGAGAACCAGCAAGCUCAGGAUAUUGAUGAUGAUUGGGUGAAAGAUAGAAAAAAGGAAUUUGAGGAAGUGAUUGAUGCCAACCACGAUGGCAUUGUCACCAUGGAGGAGCUGGAGGAAUACAUGGAUCCUAUGAAUGAGUACAAUGCUCUAAAUGAAGCCAAGCAGAUGAUAGCUGUGGCAGAUGAAAAUCAAAACCAUCACUUGGAGCUGGAGGAGAUCCUUAAAUACAGCGAAUAUUUCACUGGCAGCAAGCUUAUGGACUAUGCACGUAAUGUUCACGAGGAGUUCUGAUCAUGCUCAUCUCUUCAGAGCUCUGAAGCACCUUCUUGCUUUCCAAAAACAAAAAGAAAGUUACCUUGCUGCUAUAUGUGUUGUAUAUAUGAUGUGUUGUCCUAGACUUAAAAAAACCCGUCCAUAUAGAAGAACUGCAGUUCUCCUUUUGCCUUCAGCAUACAGAGGGAAAUGGCUGAAAGUAACGUAUCUGCAUCUGGACUAAUUCAGUUCAUACUAUCUUGUGCAGUUAUAGUAGCUGAAAGUUCAGCCUGGGCCUUGUGAAGACAUCUUUAAAUACCUAUCUUCUGUUGCCUACAAAACUGCUAAGCUAUGAAAAUCAUCAUUAACAUUGGAGGAUCUUAGUUUUUUAUAAGAGAGGAGGGUCAUUUCAGAUGUUUCCUUUCUGACAGCAAGGGAUUAAUUGGCCUAAAUGCAGCCCUGGUUUUGCUCAGCACAGGAUCCUUUAUAUUUAGGAGUAUGAUUAUGUAUUUUUCAGCUUCAAAACAUUAGCUGUAAAUUUAAUCAGAGGUGCACUUUCUCAAUGCAGGUGGGAUGAUUAGGUUGUAUUUCUCAGUUGUCUUUCUUGUAAAUUCACCUCACUCAAUUCUAUUUGUACUAGACUGGCCUCUAAGAGAGUGAAGAAAAAAAAACAUGUAAAUAACUCUGAAUAUUCAAAUUUUCACUCUAAGUGAAAGGCUCUAUUAAAAAAAGUUAUUUAGCGUCUAGAGAACUAUGUGCAACUGAUAAGAGACAAUAUGAAUAUGGCUUCAUGAUUAUCCAUUUAUCACUUCCUUUUUAUUUUCCCCUUAGAAUCUUUUCAGUCUAGUAGUUUUAUGAAAUCUGCCAACUUAGGAGGAAGCUUUUGUUCAAAAUUUACAAUCAGGAAUAGCCAACCAAACUGUAUGAAUGGCUCCAAGUGAUUUCUGUUACUCUUGGCUCUAUUUAGUAUAUAUUAAAAGACUUAAAGUGCACUAAACACUGCCCUACAUGGCUUGUAACAUCCAGUCAACCCUGGUGAUUCUUUUUUUAAUGCACAUGUUACAAACAGAAAUAUUUACAAAGGUAGAAGAGACAUUUUCUUAGAACAGUAUUUACAGUGAAUCCUUAAGAAGUUACAGGAUUCCUCUGAAGCCCUGGAUAGUCCUCUGUAGGCCUUUUUCUGCUUUCGCUGCUUCUCACAUCUCCCUUCUCUGGUCUGGACACCAGGCUGUUUGUAAUGUUUUGUGUGUGAAGAGAUGUUGCUAUUCGUAGAUUUAUUCAGGAUCGUGUUUUCUUUUCUCUCUCCUUCCCCCCUCCCCCCAAGGUUUCAGUCUUCCUCUGUGUGGUUGAUAUCCAAGUGGCCUUGACAGACUUGUUUUCAGAUUAAAUGCUGGCUUCCUGGUACUUCUCGGUUCUACUGGCUGAGCUGCAACCUUGAAUGGUGUAACAGCAUUAGGCUGGUCUUUGAUUUAGUCAUCUCAUGGUUUAUUGUACUUCCCUUGGUGCUCUUUCUAAUUGUGGGUUUGCCAGUUUUCUGGAUAUCAGGUGUACAGAUCUCCAAGAAUGGAGACUUUGUAGAUGGAGUCUUGGUAAGGGAGCCCUUGUGUUUAUUACCUCAUGAACUAAGACAGCUGAAGACCUUAUUGAUAUUCACCAUUGCUUUUGGCUGGACAGAGUUGGCCUCCAUUGCAUUCCAUUAUACAAAUGAGAAACCUGCUAUAUCUGAGUCUGAUUUGGGCAGAGUAAAUAUUUUUCUUUUAGCACAGGCACUAAGGAUGUGAAUGAGUAGUCGAGCAGAUUAUUAUAAUAUUCUCUACUACUCACAUUCUCCCUCCCACCACCUCCUCCCCCACCCCCCGCCUUUGCUGCCUCUGUAUCAGAGGGGAACAGUGGAAGCAGGAGCUGGUGCUGGGUGGAGCUGGCUUAAAAGUCAGUGCUACUCCAGCACCGGCUUUGUGGUGCCACCUCCCCCUCCUUCCCCCCACUCUCCCAGGCGCUGGUGCUUCUAUCAGAAGCAGCAGCAGCCCCUGUUGGGGGGGGGGGCAGGGGGGGUCCAAACUCCCCAUUAACAGGGACUACUGCUGGAGCACCCUCUGUCAGGGCUAGCCUGGGUCCGCGGACAGAGGCUGCUUUCCGGCAGCAGCCCCUGUCUAGUGGGGGGUCCGAGCUCCCCGCCGACAGGGCCUACUGCCAGAGCAGCCUCUAACCACGACAUCUCAGACUGCUGCAGGCAGAGGUUGCUUCAUGGCAGACUCCCCUGCCCCUUAGCACUCCCCACAGCAGCCUCUGUCUGCAGGGAGCUCAGGUCCCUGCAGACAGGGGCUGCUUCCAUCCCACACUGCUGCCUCUGAUACAAAGGCAACAGUGCGAGGCAGCAGGCAACCGGUCUGCGAGGGCAGCCAGUUUUUAUACCAUCUCCCCUAGUGGUUUGGCUCCCACCUGGCAUCCUGGUAGUGGGGCCAGAUUGCAUUGGCUGCCAGCCCUGCCCCUGGGGACUAUUCUGUUACCUGCUAUCUAAAAUCCCUAACAGGAAUUCCAACGGCUGGAAAGAAGAGACAGCUGCCAUGAGAAAGGAAGUUGGCAACCACAUUGCUUAAAAUGGCUAUCCAAUCCGAGCUGUACUUUUUUUCUGGUUCAUCUUCCUUCAUUUUUCACAAUCUUGUUCAGUCUAGGUAUUGGGUGUCUAGAGUUGGAGACUAUUAAGUAACUUUGAUUUUACAGCACUGCUUUCACAAUCUGAAACAUGACUCCUUUUUAAACAGGAGUGUAUUUGAAAAUUUUACAAGUGAAAUCCUUUUUUCGAUUUAAAGCAGAAUGGAAACUGGUCUACGUUGUCAUAAAAAUCCUGCUUUUGCAUUGUUCUGCAGCUGUGCAAGACCAAGAUGCUUAUUUCAAUCACUUUCAUUUCAAACCAGUCCAUGUUACUAAAUACAGAGAGAACAACUUAGCCUGUGAACUUUCAGGGGGUUGAAGUGAGCAAAAAUGGAUUAAUCUUUUAGAAUCAUCAGUUGUGUUGCAACUAAUUAGAAUUGAUUCUGUUUUCAAUCUGGUUAAAUUUGUUAAAACUAUUUCAAUUUGUAGAGUUGAAUGGUUCCAGAUCACACAAGCUUAGUCUCUUAAUAUAAUGGAAAUACAGGUAUUGCUGUUUGUUUUUUAUUCAAAAUGUCCCCUUUUUGUUAAAUGGCUUGUAUCCAUCUUUUUAUAUACUUUUUUUGCAUUAAAUAUAUUUUUUCUGUGCUUUGGAAAUGCUCCAGCAUUGAGAUUCUUCAUUAAGACAAGCAAUCUAAAACCUCAGAUUUAAAAAACGGAACCAUGAAGUGAGCAGAAGUCAGAUAGGAGUGGGAAGACUUGUGGUGGUCUACUCACUUUCUGUUAAUAGCCAAAAGUAGCUGGUGGUUUCUGCUAAAAUGAGGCUCUAGAAACUGAUUUAGAUCCCAACUAUGUUAUGACUUUAAACAAAACUAGAAACUGGUUGCAGCAUGGUUGAGUUGUAGUGUAGCAGGGCCUGAAACAAUAGCUGUGAUGUGAUUUUUAUCUCACGUGAUGUUAACCUGACUUCACUUAUCUCUUUCACUUUGGACUAAUUGGUCCAUUUGCCAUUAUGAGGAUUAGAAACCAAGACUAGAGCUGCACAAUAAAUAUUGUAGUCACAGGUGUGUCUUGCCCUGCGUCAUUCCCUGAUCUGGCACUAACUCAUUUCAAAUUUGUGCAGUUGGUUUUUUACAGUUUCCUAGAAAUUGGACUAAAAAUUAGGUCCUAUCCAUUAAAAAAAAAUUAAUUGUAGCUAAGUCAGGAUUCAAUCAAAUAAGUGUCUUCUGACUACAUGUGCAACAUACUCCUUAGUUAUUUUUUAAUGCUAAAAUUCUGUACUAGAAGGUGCAUUAAUGCAGUAUUGAUACAAGAUACUGCACAUUUGCUCAAUCCAAUACCCUGAAAGCGAACAGUAGGUACUAGUAAACUUCUUUGGGCUGGUAGAGUGGAGAAAAUUUAAAGGCUUAUCUAUACUACAAUAUGUUUGCGUUAUAACCCGUGCCUGUAAAAUACCUUAUGUCUACAGACUAGGGAUGUAGUUGACUAACAGAUAAAGCCAGGCUUAUCAGUCAGUCAAGUUCACUACUCGCAUUCUCCCUC